AUGUCAUGGGAUAUGCCAAAAUUCGAAGUGUGCUGUCAGAAAUUUGACGAUCUUUCAGAAUAUGACUACGGUGUCUCAAUGCUCAAUGAUGGGAAAUAUGGAUUCGCAACUGUCGGAAACGUGAUGCGCCUAUCACUUCUGCGGUCGCCGAAGGCCCCUGAUGAUAUGGAUGAUAUGGGAAAGCAUACCAUUCGAUGGGCCAUUAUGCCUCAUUCUGGUCAACUGGCAGCGCAAACAGUGCAUGCGCCCUUUAACUUCAAUGCCCCCUUGAAGCCUGCCGAAGUAGUCUCUGGUUUUGUAUUGGAUACUAUAAAGCGCGGCGAAGACGAUGAAGAUGUCACCCUUGGGGAGCUAGCUACCCGCAAAGGACGGAGUUUCAUCAUUCGGAUCUAUGACUCUCUCGGCGGAAGGUCAAGGGGAGUUGUUGCGGUUAAUUGGCAGGCCAGCAGAGUUUAUCGGACCAAUAUCCUGGAAGAUGACAGAAGAAAUCCACCCAACAGGGCAGGUUCUCUGUUGAGUUGGCGCCCUUCGAAAUCAGCACAUAUAGAAUAA